AUGACGCCCCAAGAAGCGCCAACAUCGUCACCACCACCCAGUUCACUGGCCUCAUCCUCCCAGAUCCCAGGGCUUGACCUGCUGUCGGCCGCGCAGUUCGAUGCCCAAGUCGCAGCCAGAAGAGCAGCUCCAUCGCCAAACACACCCGCCAGCAAGCGUCCUAAACUCGACACGCCGGGCGCUUCUUCGUCAACAGCUCCGCGCACUCUCCUUCCUUCCAAGCCCCGUGGUGACUCUGCAGCCAAAGUCAACGACAUGUGUCAGAUCCGCCAGUUGCGCACCGACUAUGAUUUCGAAGAAAAUCCCCCGUAUGCCUUCUCAGCCACUCUCCGCCUGCUAGAUGGUGAUCAAGAAAUCCAGAGCUUCGAAGCGCCGGGCACCUUCGGAAGUAAAAAGGCGGCCAAAGAGAAGGCUGCCGAGAUGGCUGUGACCUGGCUAGAGAAACACCCUGUUCCAAAGAAAGGCCAGAAAGAUGCAGCACUCCUGCCACUCGCUGCUACAAAGGUCGACCCAUCUGAGAACUGGGUUGGUGUAUUGCACGAAUUCUGUCAGGGACGCGGCAUCGAUCAACCCGAGUACUCUAUCUACGAACUCGGCCCCCAACGCUUCGGCGCGACCUGCACCAUCCUCAGCCAAACACACCACGACCAGAACGCCGCCUUCUCAAGUAAGAAGAUUGCAAAGACAUCCGCUGCUCGUGCUGCCGUCUUGGCCUUGCGUGAGGAAGGCGUGUUGAUCAAACACUUUGCGCACGCUCGUUCCAUGGUGGCUCCUGCCGUCCCAGCCUUUGGCACGCCUUUGCCUCCACCCACCGUUCCUGUUGUCGCUAGCACGCCGAAGGUACAGCCAACUCCAUCACCACCCUCGGCAUCUUCACUCGUGCCUACCCUCUGUGCCGAACUCAACAUCGCGCCCCCGACCUACAAGCUCGUCCAGACAUCGACUUUGACUCCUGACUUUUGGGACGGUGAGGCUCGCUUCGAUCAUGCUGUUGAACCUUGUCUUUGUGGUGCUGUGGGAAGAGUUGAGAGGGUGUAUGGGAAGAAGAAUGCAAAAGACAAGGUUGUGCAGCAAGUGCUGGAAGUUCUUGAGGAGGUCAAGCAGCAGAGGAUGGCUGGUUGA